GAACCGAAGAUUGGGUCUACUACGAACCCGGUCUACUAGAAGCCACCUGACUAUCUAAAGUGCUUCUAAAUUCGCCGUGUGGUUUCGUUGCAGGAUGGAUUUCGCCAAAAAUAUCCUGCAAAAAUACGGCUGGAAAGAAGGAGAUGGAUUGGGGAAAAAUACGGAUGGAAUCGUGGCACCGAUCAAAGCCAGCCUCAAGUUCAACACGGCUGGCCUAGGGCAGGAUCCGGCCAAGGAUCUUACCAACAACUGGUGGGAACGGGUGUAUAAUGAUGCCGCAGGAAACAUUGCAGUGGAAAACGGCUGUUCGGCCGGAGCCGCUCAGCAAGAGCCAGUACGGUUAAGGCAGGUGGAAACGGACGCGGUGGAGAUUUCAACUGCCGGCUUUUCAGUUCGGAAACUGAAGAAGAAGAGUGCUCAGGCUGGCGAGGGUCAAUCGCGGUAUGGCACCAGCUUUUUGCGAGCUUCCGUACUGAUGGGAGGCACGGGCAGGGAGGAAACGGUGGCAAAUCACACCAGCACGGAGGACAUUGAGUACGCGCCGGUUAAAAUGUUAACCGACGAAGAAUUGUUUGCGGCCUGUGGGGGCAGAACGGCCCACAAGGGUGCCCGUCAUGGUCUGAAGCUAAGCGGAAAACUGGCGCGGAUAGACGAGCAGAACAGCAAACUACUGAAGCAGUUGGAAAGCAAUUCUUUUGAAGCUGUGAUCAAAUCUAACGACUGGCAGGUGCAACUUUCGCGAAACGGUCGCAAAAAGACCAAAAAACAGAAGCGCAAUGAACAGCGAUGGGUUGAGCAUGGCGACGGUGCUAAGGGUAAGAAGGAGCAUGGCGACGAUGAUGAUGAUGAGGUGAAAGAUAUGGUGCAUCAUGCCGAUUAUGUGGUAGCGAAAAACCGGAAGAAACGAAAAGCACACGAGCGCACGGAACAGGAGCUGGCCGAUGAAAUGGUUUCCAUGUUCGCCGAAUUACCGGAGGAAGAUGGACUAGAGGAAGAGAAAGAAGUAGUUUCGCCGAAAUUAGAGUCCAAAAAGAAACUAAAACAAUCUCAACGCAAACAACUGAGCGCAGAUGAGGAACUCGAUCUGCUGAGUGACAAAAUUCGGAAGCUGGACCAUAGCUCGGUUACGAUUAAAAAACGAGAACGCAAAAAGAAAGCAAAGCGGAAAACGGUUUGUGAGCAGCAGGAUGAUGAAGACAUAGCAAUAGGAUCACCGGAUCCGGCGGCAAAAUAUCGGAAAGGCUAUCGGCGAGAUGCUAAGCAAAACAAUCGUCUACUGAAAGCGGUAGUUCCACAUGAAGUUCCGGAGACUCCUUCGAAGGACAGCAAGCCGAAGCGUUUACUAUGCUCUGACUCUAGCGACGGAUCGGACGAGGAGGAUGUGGUGAGUCGAGUGAAUGAGGAACAGAAUCGUUAUUGGAAAAAGAUGCGUGCCAACGUGCCAAAGAUAAAGAUUAUCGAACCAACGGAGGAUGAUUGUCUAGCACUUGGUCAGGAAUUGAAGGAGCGGCACAAGAACGAAGUGAAGCGGGUCGCGAAUCGCUCGUCAAGCGGCAAACGGAAGAAGUCGAAGCGUAAGGAGCGCUGUGUGGCGCAGCUGGCCGACAGUCUAUCGAAAAAGCUGUAAAAUACUAUGGAAAGCAAUAUUGUCUAGCAUACACCAAUUUGGAACAUUUUUUAUCUACCUUCUUUAGGGGAAGUUUAGUUGUAGGGAGGCAUGGCACGGCAGUUCAGCUGUGCAGUGGAAGGAGUCGUUAAAACCGUUUAUCGUUGCGGUUGUGAAAAAACAAUAAUGUUUGGGAAUAAACCAUGAAUUAUAUUUUGCUCGCA